CGGGAUUGACGCGGUCCGGCGGCUGGCUUCGUUCGUUGGGACUCAUAUACGCUACUACCCAGCGCUUGGUCGACAUUCACCGCACUGGUUCUUCGACAGUCAUACCUUGCUUGGGAGAACACGGAUGCUCCGUACUAUUGCUACUCGCCUUCCGCUUCAGCGGGCAUCCGCGUUGCGUUCACAUGUCUGGCGUCCGGCGAGAGGAUUUGCCACGAGCAUGGCUACAAGGUCGGAUAACAAGAUCGUCGUUGCUAACCCGGUGGUGGAGCUGGACGGCGAUGAGAUGACGAGGAUCAUCUGGAAGAAGAUCCGAGAAGAGCUCAUCCUCCCUUUCCUCAAGUUAGACAUCAAGUAUUACGACCUUGGUCUAGAAUACCGUGAUCAGACAGAUGAUCAGGUUACUGUAGAGGCGGCCGAGGCUAUCCUCAAGUACAGCGUGGGGAUUAAAUGCGCUACCAUCACACCCGACGAAGCGCGCGUGAAGGAGUUCAAUCUUAAGCACAUGUGGAAAAGCCCGAACGGCACCAUCCGAAACAUCCUUGGAGGAACCGUUUUCCGCGAGCCCAUCAUAUUGGAGCGCAUACCAAAACCCAUUCCUGGCUGGGUGAAGCCAAUCGUUAUAGGGCGCCAUGCAUUCGGGGACCAGUAUCGGUCAACUGACUUCAUCGCGCCCGGUCCUGGCAAGCUCCAGCUCGUGUUCACACCACAAGACGGGUCCGCACCCACUACCCUCGAUGUGUACGAUUUCAAGGGCAAAGGGGUGGCUAUGAGCAUGUACAACACAGAUGACUCGAUCACCGGUUUUGCGCACUCGAGCUUCAAGAUGGCUCUUGCCAAAGGCAUGCCACUCUUCAUGUCCACCAAGAACACCAUCCUGAAGAAAUAUGAUGGUCGAUUCAAGGACAUCUUCCAGGACAUCUACGAAUCUGAGUACAAGACCCAGUUCGAGCAGAAGGGCCUUUAUUAUGAACAUCGUCUCAUCGAUGAUAUGGUGGCCCAGGCCAUCAAGAGCUCAGGAGGCUUCGUGUGGGCCUGCAAGAAUUACGAUGGCGAUGUGCAGUCCGAUAUUCUAGCCCAAGGCUUCGGCAGUCUCGGUAUGAUGACGAGCGAACUCAUCACCCCUGAUGGUAACGUCAUCGAGAGUGAAGCUGCUCACGGGACUGUCACGCGUCAUUAUCGUGAGUAUCAGAAAGGAAACGAAACUUCGACCAACCCUGUAGCAUCCAUCUUCGCCUGGACGCGAGGCCUGCUUCACCGGGCGAAGCUUGACGGGAACGAUGCCCUUAGGGAUUUCUGUCACGAUUUGGAGGCUGCCUGUAUAGAGGUGAUUGAUCAAGAUGGAAUCAUGACCAAGGAUCUCGCGCUGGCCAUCCACGGUAAGAACAUGAAGCGCGAACACUGGGUUGUCACGAACGUGUAUAUGGAUGCUGUUACCGACAAACUGAAGAGCAAGCUGGCUGCUAGGAGUGCAAAACUCUGACUCGAGGUCUCAGCAUGAUACAAUUGUGUCGUAAUUGCAACAGAAGGUGCAUCGCAGUGGAACACUUUGUCGACUAUAAGUAUAUAGCCAUCUCGCACUGGUGUUUUGUCCAUCGAGCUACCGAUGAUCUCGCCG